CCAAGCCCCGGAGCAGUAGGCGCUGCGGAUGCGUCUCCGGCGACUGCGAGGGCAAGGCAGCAGCAGCGGCUUCUGGACAGCGCGAUGAGUGGACGCAGGUAACUUCCGAGUCUGCAGACAACAGCAAAAGAUGAAGGAAGAUUGUCCGCCCAGUUCUCACGUGCCCAUCAGCGACAGCAAGUCCAUUCUGAAGUCGGAGCUCUUAAGCCUGCUGAAAACCUACAACUGCUACCAUGAGGGCAGAAGCUUUCAGCUGAGACACAGAGAGGAAGAAGGGGCUCUGAUCAUCGAGGGGCUCCUCAACAUCUCCUGGGGACUGAGGCGGCCCAUCCGGCUCCAGAUACAGGAUGACAGGGAGCGCAUGCACCUCUCCUCUGCCUCCUGGGCACCAGGAUGCCCAAAGGAGCCACCUCUUCAGGAUGGCAGAGUCACUGCCCAGGAACCAAGUGCUCAGGCCGGACCCAGGGAGGAGAGUUCCAGAGACAGCUCAGAGCCCAUGGAGGAGGACGAGGAGACCCCACAGCUUAUGAGGACCAAGAGCGAUGCAGCCUGUGUGAUCCAGAGGCGGCCCGGGUGCCGCGCCCCCGGUGAGGCCCAGAGGAUCCGGCGACAUCGGUUCUCUAUCAACGGGCACUUUUACAACCACAAGACCUCCGUGUUUACUCCCGCCUAUGGGUCCAUGACCAACGUGAGAGUCAACAGCACCAUGACCACCCUGCAGGUGCUCACCCUGCUGCUGAACAAGUUCCGAGUGGAAAAUGGUCCCAGUGAGUUUGCACUCUACAUCGUUCACGAGUCUGGGGAGAGGACAAAAUUAAAAGACUCUGAGUACCCGCUGAUUUCCAGAAUCCUGCACGGGCCCUGUGAGAAGAUCGCCAGGAUAUUCCUGAUGGAAGCUGACUUGGGCGAGGAAGUCCCCCACGAUGUCGCUCAGUACAUUAAGUUUGAAAUGCCGGUGCUGGACAGUUUUGUUGAAAAAUUAAAAGAAGAGGAGGAAAGAGAAAUAAUCAAACUGACCAUGAAGUUCCAAGCCCUGCGUCUGACGAUGCUACAGCGCCUGGAGCAGCUGGUGGAGGCCAAGUAGCCCACCAGCACCUGCCUCCUCCGAAGCCCCCAGCAGCCAGCGCACUCUGAGCACUGGCGGCCGGGCCCUGAUUGUCACACAGAUUGGUCACACUGGCUGAGGAAUCCGGCACCCGUGUUUCCACCUGUCCACCUGCCCAGGUAGCAUGAAUCCCACGUCCCUGGCUCUUGGCUCCAAGCUGAGCACUCACAGUGCCCAGACCUAAGCCUGAGGAGCCAGGAACUUGCUGGGUGGGGUCUGCGUGUGAGACUGGCCUGGGCCGUGAGCAGCCCUGAAGCUGUGACGUGGGCCACUUAUGUAGCUGGACAGCAUGGCCAGUCCUGUUCACGCCACACCUCUCCUGCUCAGGAGAGCAGAAUAUGACCUUGUUUCCAGGGCGUGGGCUCCGUCUGCUCUCCCAGUGUCCAGCCCAGAACCACAAGCCCUUAUCCUCGUCAAACACGUGAACCACUAGACCCCCGGCUGCCCUUGUCUCAUGCUGCCGCUCAGAAACUCCGCUGGGUAAAGCAAGGGCUGCCAGCGGGUAUGGGAUGUGCGAUGCUCCCAGCCAGCACUUCACCAUGGCGUCCCUGGCCCUCAAGCCUCUGAUGUCACUCCAUGAGCCUCACAUAGCCCCGUGCCCCGGCAGCAGAGGUCAGACUGGGAGUAAGACCACCAGCAGCCCACCUUCUCUCUGCAGCACUCACUCUGAGCUUCCUCAGCAAGACCUGAAGGGAUUCUUAUAAGGAGCUCGCUGCAAGAAACAUGUCAAUUUGAUCACAUUGAGGAGGUGACCCGCGUGGCAUUGAAAGGACGCUGCCAGGGUGCGUGCGAGUCCGGGAGCUGUCCAGGGACUGCUGGCAGUGGCUUGGGAAGGCCGCGCUCUGCCCCGUUGCUGCUCUCCUCGGACACCUGUGUGCCUCCUGCCCUCUCUGGGUGUACAUUCCUCCCCUCUCAAUACUUCCCAUCAAAGGGCCACCAAGGGAAAAAUGUCUGUUUGAGGAGAAAGGGCUUUGAAUUCCCUGGGGCCAGAUACAGAACAAUUUGGGUUUGUCAGCUGAUGGAAAACUUCUGGAAUGAACAAGAAGGCAUUUGCAAAAAUUAUGUAACAGUUUACAUUGGUCAUGUGAGGUGUUUGUCCAAAACAGAGCAAACUGGAGACCACAUUCUCCCACUGGGGCCCAUGGAUAGUGGAUUUAAAGGGAAAAACUAUAAAGUCUCCCAAAUAUAGAAAUUCAAUAUUAGGGAGAUUCCCUCGGUGCCUUGUGCAGCUCCCAUAAAGAACAGAGCCUGGGAGCAGCCGUGCCAAUAGAACCCACUGUUCAGGGUGAACUUCACAACAGGAUUGCCCCAGCCUGGCGCCAUCUGCACAGAGGCAGGCGCAGAGAUGCCCAGGGGAGGUCCGCUGUAGUUUCUGCUGUCUCUGCUUGCCUUUGGCAGCACAGUUUCCUGGGUACUCAAUAAAGGUGUGCUGUAUUGAACUGAA